ACAACGACCGGAACGCGGAACUACUUUGCGGAAGUUUCCAUUAAUUCCGGAUCGCCGGUGGCGGGCGACACGACUUCCUAGGUACCACUCUUGAAUUCGCGAUACGAAUUCCAUCGCAUGGUCGCACUGAGUCCCGGAACGUGAGAUCGCCAAAGUUCCGGCGAGAGUGGUUCCUCGAAAGUCCAACCGAACAGUUUGCGUCCCCCUGUCGCUCGUCGACGUUACGAGUCGACGUCGAUCGGAUCAGACCGGAUUCCUCCUGAAACCGUCCGUGGAAAGGAUACCCAAGAUUCCCGAUGUAUACUCGUGACCGAGAUCAAAGUAGUAGGGGUCGUCGUGGUGGUACUGCGAAGAUAGGAACAAGUACUGGCAGAGGCGGCAUCGAUAAUGGACGUGGUGGUAGCAGGUUUGGCACACCUAGAGGAAACUCCAAUAAUUUACGAGGGGGAUUGAAAGGAAAGCAACCUGGUGGCGGUCUAAGGAAAGUAAACUGGGAUCUUUGUACUUUGGAACCAAUACGCAAAGAUUUUUAUAUAGAGCAUCUCGCAGUCAGGAACAGAUCUAACGAAGAAGUAUAUCAUUUUCGAGAGAAUGCAGAAAUAACUGUGAAGGGUGACAAUAUUCCUAAUCCCAUACAAUAUUUCGAGGAGGGAAACUUUCCACCUUACGUAAUGGAAGGUAUUCGUAGAGAAGGAUAUUCGCAGCCUACUCCAAUUCAAGCUCAAGGAUGGCCUAUUGCACUUAGCGGUAGAGAUCUUGUUGCAAUCGCUCAAACUGGCUCUGGAAAGACACUUGGAUAUAUUUUACCUGCAAUUGUGCAUAUCAUACAUCAACCGCGCAUAAAUACUGGUGAUGGACCAAUUGUCUUGAUCUUAGCUCCAACCAGAGAAUUAGCUCAACAAAUUCAAGAAGUAGCUAAUAGCUUUGGAGAGACUGCGGCUGUAAGAAAUACGUGUAUUUUUGGCGGGGCUCCAAAAGGACCACAGGCACACGAUUUGGAGAGAGGCAUUGAAAUAUGCAUUGCUACUCCAGGUAGACUUAUAGAUUUCUUAGAAAAAGGAACUACAAACUUAUGUAGGUGUACGUAUCUAGUUCUCGAUGAAGCCGAUCGUAUGCUUGAUAUGGGAUUCGAACCUCAGAUACGAAAAAUAAUUGAACAGAUACGCCCCGAUAGGCAAGUGCUAAUGUGGUCGGCGACAUGGCCUAAGGAAGUUCGCGCACUUGCAGAGGAUUUCUUGACAGAUUACGUUCAUCUCAAUAUCGGUUCUUUGACUCUGUCGGCCAAUCAUAACAUUACUCAAAUCAUUGAUGUUUGUCAAGAGUAUGAGAAAGAUUCGAAGCUGUAUAGAUUGCUUCAAGAGAUUGAUACUGAAAAAGAGAAUAAGACUAUUAUAUUUGUGGAAACUAAACGUAAAGUGGAUGAUCUCACGAGAAAUAUUAGACGCGAAGGCUGGCAAGCUGUAUGUAUUCACGGUGAUAAAAACCAGCAGGAAAGGGAUCAUGUGUUACAAGAAUUCCGCAGUGGAAGAGCGCCGAUUUUAGUCGCAACUGAUGUAGCUGCUAGAGGCUUGGAUGUGGAUGAUGUGAAAUACGUGAUAAAUUUCGAUUAUCCAUCUUCAUCGGAGGAUUAUAUACACAGAAUUGGUCGAACUGGACGUAGGCGACAGACCGGAACGGCAUAUGCGUUUUUCACAAGUCACAACAUGAAACAUGCUGGAGACUUGAUAGAAGUUUUACGAGAGGCGGGACAGAAUGUCAAUCCGCGUCUCAGUGAAAUGGCAGAGAUGGCCAAAGCGGGAAAUUUCAGCAGAAGUGUGAAACGUUUCGGCGGUUCUUCUGGUGUUAAUGGCGUUGAAAGGAGUAAUAACCGAAGAAGCAAUAAUGAUAGAGGAAGAGGUGGUUCAGCAAGAGGAAGAGGCCUUGCUCGCAGCGGGACCUCUUAUCAGCCUUCUUCAAAUGUUUAUUCGGGAACGGAUUAUAGUAAUUAUAGUAAUUAUAAUAUGAAACAGAAUACUUCUUUGAGCCAGAAUACGACAUAUGGAUAUAGCACGCAAAGAAGUUAUGGACAAGGAAGUAUGCCUCAAAAUUAUGGAGGUGGCGAUAAUUACGGAAGUGGUUAUCCAUACAGAAGCACAACUUAUUAAUUCUGUUUUUAAUGGAUGAUUGAUAGCACGUAUUAAUUCUGUUUUUUAAUAGAUAAUUGAUAGCACGUAACAAUUCAAUGGUUAGGUAAAAUGUGUCACGUUUAGUUAUAGUGAGAUUCGACAGGAUGCAGAUAAGAGCCUGUUAAAGUUAUAAUAGAUGAAAAAAAGAUAUAUACAGAAAAUGAAUAUAAGUUAUGCAGCAUAAUAAUAAAAAUAUCGAUAUGAUAGUAUACAUUACAUUCUAUAUCGUACAUCAAGUGAACAACGAUUAAUUGACUUUGCAACUCAACAAUUGUAAGUUUAUUGAAUGUAAUGUCCAUCCGUUUGCAUAUAUGUCGAAUUUGCACUGAGUAAACCAAAGAAAACCAAAGAAACUUU